CGUAUAGGUAUACGGAGGCCGGCGGGGGAAUCGCGGCGCGGUAUAAGUAUGCGUACACACAUAGCUCGCGUCUGGUGGCGGCGCGUCGCUCUCUCCAGCUGCGCACGAGAGAAGGACGGCGUUAGCUAAACAAAGCCCAGUGAAAAAGGAGGACGGAGCGACGAGGAGAUAGCUGCGCUGCUCUGCUACGUGCUGCUGCGUCGUGUGUGUGCCAUUGCGUUUGCGCCGCGCACUUCCACUCGCGAGAGAGGGACACCAAGGACCUCGUCUCGUCGAUAAUAUCAAUACUUGUGGACGUCGUCAAGCAGAUAGAGAGAGAGAGAGAGAGAGAAAAAGAAGACUCCGUGUGUCUGGCUGCUGCUCUGUGUGUGAUACUGUGAUGUCGUGAGCGACUUCCUGGUGCAGCGACGCCCCGAGAGGAGAGAAGAAAGAGAGAGAGAGAGAGACGAGUGUGCGCGGGUCCAAGGCUGAGAGAAGAGUUGGUAAAAACAGUUGUCGCUGGGGAGCAGAGAGAGAAAGAGACCGUGAACAAAAAAGGGAAAGAACAAGAGAGAAAGAGAGAGGCGAAGGCCGCUGCUCGAGCGAGCGCUUACAUGAAGGAGCAGGACAUUCCGGAGUACCUCGAGGGCUGCGGUUUGUCGGCUACGGCCAGCGACAACAUGCCCGAGGCAUGCGACCUCCUCAGAGAGUCUACCAACAAAGAUGCAAGUACUCAGGUUAAGGAGCAGCCAAAGGAGAAGAAAUUAUCCAGCGCCUCCAUAUCUUCCAGCGACACAAAGAAGACUGUGACAGUCAAACAUCCAGAAUCUAACAAGCCCAAGCCCACAGCAAAAAAAGGUAAACCUAUACAGGCUGACUUGGAUGUUGCCAAAGAAUUUAUAAGAUGUAGAGAUGAGGGAUUCAAGAGGCUCGACCUCAGCAAAUCCAGCAUAACAAAUCUUCCAAACAGUGUGAGGGAUCUCACUCAUCUAGUCGAGUUCUAUCUUUACGGCAACAAAUUAGUUACUCUUCCUCCUGAGAUAGGGUGCCUAGCAAAUCUGAAGACACUGGCCCUCAGCGAGAACUCGCUGACAAGCCUACCCGACACUCUGGAGAAUCUGAAACAGUUAAAAGUUCUCGAUCUGAGGCACAACAAGCUGAAUGAGAUUCCAGAUGUCGUUUACAAACUAACCUCUUUGACGACGCUUUUCCUGCGCUUUAAUCGAGUCAGAUACGUCAGCGACAACAUACGCAAUCUGACGAACCUGACGAUGCUGAGUUUGAGAGAGAACAAAAUCAAGGAGCUUCCUGCCGGUAUUGGCAAACUUACAAAUCUCGUGACGUUCGACGUCUCGCACAAUCACUUGGAGCACCUACCCGCGGAGAUCGGCAACUGCGAUCAGCUGUCAACCCUCGAUCUGCAACACAACGAGCUUCUGGAUAUUCCAGAAACGAUCGGUAACCUCGUGUCCGUUACCAGACUAGGUUUAAGGUACAAUCGUCUGUCCAGCAUCCCCAAGUCUCUGGCCAACUGCAAGCUCAUGGACGAGUUCAGCGUCGAAGGUAACCAGGUCUCGCAGCUGCCCGACGGCCUCCUCUCGAGUCUAUCCAAUCUCAAGACGAUCACGCUAUCGAGGAACGCCUUCACGGCCUACCCGUCCGGUGGUCCAUCCCAGUUUACCAACGUCUAUUCCAUUAAUCUCGAGCACAAUAAGAUCGACAAGAUACCCUACGGCAUCUUCUCGCGAGCCAAGAACCUCACGAAACUCAACAUGAAGGAGAACCAGCUGACUGCCUUACCUCUCGACACUGGCACCUGGAUCAACAUGGUCGAGCUGAACCUGGGCACGAACCAGCUGGUCAAGAUCCCGGACGACAUUCAGUACUUGCAGAAUCUUGAGAUUCUGAUUUUGUCGAACAACUUGUUGAAACGAAUUCCUGCCAGUAUAGCCAGCCUGAGCAAGCUGCGAGUGCUUGACCUCGAGGAGAACAAGAUCGAGUCACUACCCAACGAAAUCGGCUUUCUCAGAGACCUGCAGAAGCUGAUCCUUCAGUCGAACCAGGUGACCUCGCUGCCGAGGGCCAUAGGCCAUUUGACGAACCUCACACAUCUUAGCGUCGGCGAGAACAACCUCAACUAUCUGCCCGAGGAGAUCGGUACCCUCGAGAACCUCGACUGUCUCUACAUCAACGACAACGCGAACCUACACAAUUUGCCGUUUGAGCUGGCGCUCUGCACGAACCUUAGUAUUAUGUCAAUUGAGAAUUGUCCCCUGUCGCAGAUACCGCCGGAGAUCGUUGCAGGUGGACCAUCGCUCGUCAUUCAAUUCCUCAAGAUGCAGGGCCCAUACAGGUCUAUGUAACAAGAUCAUGAGCCAGAGACACCCAAUAGCCGUAAAAAAAAUCUUUGAUAUUGCGUUAGUUUGUAAAGAGAGGCCGGGAAUUUCUAGUUAAACGCGUCACUUCUCUUUUGCUUCGAAUAAUUGUACGUAGACGUGUUCGCUCGACGAAGUUUUAUUGUGAAAUUGUACUAGACUUUUUGUUUUAUUUUCUCAUCAAGCGGGUCUUGACUUGGAAAACUCUAUAGAAUAUUUUUGAAGAUUAUCGAAUAACGAGCGUCAAUUUUUUUCUAAAUGAUACGAACGGUUUAGGAGCGAACGGACGUUUGGUUCGAAGCAGAAGAGAGUAUCCGUAUUGUCUCUAAAUUCUUGAUUUCGACGGCGCGACAAAAAAAAAACAGAUAAAGAAAGUAAACUUGUUGAACUGUAUGCUGUGGCGAGACGCGCCGCAGGCCACACACAUUGUUUUCCAUCGAUCGAGCCAGUUUAAUACCAUUGUAGUGCUAUCGAUCAAAUGAUUAAAGUGCCAGAAUUUUAUUACUGCAAGUCUUUCAACUAUGCAAGUAUUGCAACUAACUCUAAAGUUGGGCAAUCCAUGCGUCACAGAUACAUACACACGUUUCGAAUUCGCAAAUUUGUGUGAUUAAAUUUCCUCGUUUCUGAAGGCAAACGACCAUUUGCUUUCUUUUCCACGUUUAUCGCAAAUUCAAAUAAAUAACGUUACUUUGAAAAUGCAACGCUAAUAUUAUUUAGGAAUACUUUAGCAUUUAUAUUCAUCUUCACAUACAUUGAAGUCCGAACGAAGCUUUCGAUUUUAUUUUCAGUAGGUAGCUCUAUACAGUAGUAGCUCUAUACAAUUAAUGUUGAAAUUACGAAGCUAUCGUUUCAAGUGCAGAACAAGAAGCUACAGAGCACAACUCUAUCUCCUUAUUUUCAUUUAGGAAAGGCCAAAAACUAGGCUAAGUAGCUGUCAAUCACGAAACUUUUGGAUGUAACGAGUCGUCUGAACUAAGACCAUUAUUUGUUAUACAUCUAUAUUUUUUUGCUAAGCACAAAUGAAGGGUGCCAAAUUUAAGUUAAAUUAGCCACGUUAAUGAUGAAUUAUUAGAAAGCUUUAUAUCUUCAAAUUUUGUUUUAUUUCUUCAAAUAUUCUUUCAUCAUAUGUUUAUGUACCCAAUGUUAAGCAUUAGAUUCUGUGUGCUAAAAAUACGUUGAUUUGAUGUAUAUGUACUAUGUUGAACAUGUGUAAAGUGAUUUAAGAAAUGUUGCGUCUUGAACUAUGGUUUGCUGACGACUAAGCUUUUUUCCACGACAGUAAUUGUGUUAGCAAUUGUAUUAUUGAUGUUGGACCACAGCUGGUCAGUUGGUUUGCUUAUGCUGGUCUUCCUCGCCUCUCAGUUUAUUCUUUUCAUCUUCUUCUAUUCGUUUGAAAAAAAGUAUGUUAAAAGUUUUAAAUAGAAAGCAAAUAAUUUGAUCAAUUUUAUGUUUCUUGAAAACUUUUUGUCUCGAACAAAGAAACUUUUCUUGUAUGCAUUAAUGUAUAUCUGGUAAAUGUGUCAUUAUCAGUGUUUUGAUAUAAUUUCUUAUUGGUAAAAAUCUUAAACUUGUCUUAUUGUAUUCACAUACAUACGACUCUAGUGAAGAGCUAUAACUAACUGCAAGCAUAAUUAAUUUUUACGGUAUAACUUACGAUUACAAAUUUUUUCACCAUGAGUGGCAUUUCAUAUAUUUUAGACUCUACAUUACUAUGCAACAAGUUUUCAUUUUUAUGAAGAAAAACUGUUCAUUAAGAGUAAAUCUUUUGAAAAUUCAGUUUUUCCUUUUCAUGAAUUUUCCUUGAAUUAAAUCAAUGAAUCCUAACUGCGGUAUUUUAAAAUCCAUCAAUGGCUGUGUAUCGUGAAAAUUAUCAAAAUUACUUUAUUAUUCUUGCAUAUAGUUCUAUGCAUAUUGUUAAUCUUGGAUUUUAUUUACUGUAUGCUUGACAGAAUUGUAUGCGCACAAACGAAAAUCGAUUUUCCAUCCUAUUUAUAGAAUUUUACAUGAGAGUUUCAAAUCUCUGUACAUACAUAGCUAUAAUGAAACAUUUAAAGUCUUCUUUAAAGACUUCUUCGUUAUAUUUUCAAGACUCGAAGAAGGAAUUGUAGAAAGAAGCUGAAUAAUGUGCUUUAAGCAUAGAAAAAGCUUAAGUAUUUGGAAAUGAAGGGAGUAAUCUAGAUGUCGUUCCCUGAAUUGUAUUAUUCUUCGUUAUGUAUGUAUUUAUGUUAUUAUGUUGUAUCAUUAGGAUCUAAAUGGAAAAAAUGCAACUUUGCAAUUUUCCAAGAUUUUAUCUACAUUGAUCAUUUUACUUGAGAUAAAGUAACAGAGAUGUUUUUUCCCUGCUAAAGUAAGAUGUUAAAAUUUUAAGCUGAAAGCAACCGUUGCCCUCUCGACUGUUUUAGAAUAUUUAACUUCUUUGUGCAUGAAGAAUAUAUUUGUGAGCAAAUGUUUUUAUGAUUGUCCAUGUACUAAAAAGUUCGAAAAUACGAUUAAUAAUGAUGUAAGAGUGUACUGAUGAAAUAAAACUUAAAAAUUCAAAUUUAUGAAUUUUUUAGUUGCAAAUUUUUACUAUAGUAUAAUUCAUGCAUGAAAAGGUUAAUUUUUCGUUCAUGCACUAAGCAUUUCUUGUUUUGAAUGGAUAUUUAUAAUUUUCUACAGGUCAUACAUACAAUGAUUAGCUGAUUUGUAAUUUCGAUAAGUGUAAAAGAAAUUUUAUAUUAAUGUUAAGAUAUGGUUAACCUAAAAUUAAAGAAAAUCUCGUGCGAGCUGUCAAGUCUCAACCAGAUGGAAGGAAACGUAUUGAAGUUUUAAAAAGAUUGAAUACAGAAAAGUUUGUGCUUUAAGAAGUUGUAGAGAGAUAAUAUUUUGUUAUAAACUUGCUAAUCAAUUUUUUAUGUAAGUUUUCAUUACGAGAAUACACUGCAAGUGGUUUUUACUAAAGUAGCUACUCUAUAAAGUCUUUGGAAUAGUUGAUGCUGAUUAGCUACUAUUUGCCACAAGAGCUUUUGCAAUGUAGAACAUACGACUUCUCAAGGGCAAAACUUUUUCAUCUGUAGUAAUGUUUUGUUCAACCUGAACAAAUUUUUCAAAUCAAAUUGGCAAAGCAAGACACAUAAUUAGUUUUGUAAAGAAACUCAAAAUUUUUCUGUUUUUAUAAAAGUGCUUCAUUUUGCAAAUGUUCGCAGUUCAAUAUGCGAAUAAAAAUUUUUUUGUAGAAAAAACUGAACUUUUUUCACAGAAAUACUGUCCAUGUUUGGGCUAAUGUACAGAAAACUAAAAAUGGUUAGAAGUAUAUAAAUACAAGAGCACCUACGUUCCUUCGAUGAUUCAAGUGUCCAUGACAUGACGAAGGCAUUUUAACAUGGUGAAUGCUAAAUAGAAUUAUAUUUUAUUAUGUUUUUAAUUCAACGAACAACAGGUGCAAUCCGAGAGAUUAAAGAUUUUGUAUUUUCACUCCAUGCAAUGAAAACCGUAAUGGAGUUAUUUUACACGAAUGAAAAACUAAGACUUACAUCUACUUUUAGUAUGUAUAGUGUAAUAUAAGGCAAGUGCAACUUUUUCGCGUAUAAAUUAUCCGCUGCAGUUUAAAUUAGACAACGACAGUAAACUUUGCGCAUCGUGUAUUUUCAGUCUCCGUUAUUUAAUGUUAGUGCUGACGAUAAUUUUUUUCGAUAAGAAUCACAAGAUUAAAAUUCGUUAUUCAAUCGGCAUUUCAGUUGCUUAUUUAUAAAAAUAAAAAGUAUUCGAAAAUUUGAAAUUUUAUUGACUAAAUUGUGUACAAGUAUUAUUAGAUAAUUGUCAGCACAAGGUUUAACAAGUGUGCGUAAAUUACCCUAGUUGAUUGACAUUUAAGGAUUCACGAUCAUAUAAUUUGUUUCAGUAUAGUGAUUUGGCAGAGUAACGAAGUUGUAAUUAAUCAAUGUAAUCCUUCAUGUACCUCAGGGCAGAAAACCCGCGACAAAAGUUCUUGUUGGUUGAAAUCUUAGAUAAGAAAAUGACAAAGUAUGAAAAAAAUAAAUAAAUAACAGAAAUACUUUAUCUACGCUACCGCGUGUAUGUACAAAUGUGCAUUUGUUACACUCAACGUGAUUUCGUAUUAAAUAACAAAAAGAUGCAGCGUUUGCUUUCUACAAGAAAGUUUUCAGAUAAUAGCUACACGAGUGCAAUUUAUUAUUGUAAACUGUUAAACAGUCUUUAUUAAGAAAAGCGAAAAAACCGUGCCGUAAAAACGACAGAUUUAAUUGAUAACACGUCAAUAAGAAAAAAAAAAGAUUGAUAGCACAUUAUUCUCAUAUUGUGAAACUUGUUGAAUAAUAGCCUGAAGGGCGCAAUAUUGUGUGUAUUAUUCACAGAAUGUAAUAUUAUAAUUCAAUCACUGUAAUUCAAUGUAUAUUAUAUGAAAAUGACGACAUAGAUAACUGUAUGAUAAUAUUUCUUAAUAUACGUAUGUAUUAUAAAA